AUGGCAGCGCCAAAUCCCGUGUCACAACGAGAGGACGCCAUACUCACGUCCUACAAGGUGUACAAACAGAGUUUUGACAACUGCAGCGACUCUGCCUUCUAUGGGCACAGCCUUUCUAUUCUGGAUGAAUUUUUUGCGCGCGAGGCCGGUCGCGAGGAGCCCCAUGUGCGCUGCACCUCGCUCAACUUCAGCGUCCGAAAAGACGACCACCGCCCUGCGUUCAGAGAAACAGAGAGCACGGGCCCGGCCGGAGUCGAGGACUUUCUUCUCAGGCUGUCCAGCGAUCCUCGGGUGGCGGUAGAAAGCGAGGGCCCGCACGAGGCCAGCUUCCUCAUUGUCGAGAAUCUGUGUCCAGAGACAGUGGUCAAGCUGGGCCUGGCGCUGCGCAUCCCGCCGCAGUUUUGGAGCGAGUACGUGGAGAACCGGUCAUGGUACUGGAAGCGACGCGUCGUGCCUCAGUGGCUGACGCUGCCGUCCGUACAAGCGACGCAGAAUUUCACCAAGACAGAAUGGGUGAAACCCCGGCCGUUCCAAUGGCAGCUAGAGGAUGGAGAUAGUGAUGAGGACGCUGCGUUGGCCGAGCCCGAGGCUAUACAAUGGGUAAAGUCGGAUAAUAGAACGAGCCGUGUGGACCGCAUCGCAGGGAUUCUACGGCCGAGGACAGGAGAAGGAGAGUUGAUAGCAUCCUUAGCUUUUGCCCGCGAAAAGUUGAUGGUUUGGAUGAGCAGAGACAAUGACGACGAUGGUCGGUUAGUCGGCCUUAUACUUGUCGAUCCCAUCUUCCAGGCCACGGGAGUCCAGUUUAUGGCGCCAAACGCACCUAUUACUCAAGCCACGCACGCCAGGCCUAAAGCUCAUCAGAAAUGGCUGAUCAGCGACAAGAGAUUUCGCCACGGGCAUUAUUGGGGCGCAGAAACGCUGCCGCCGCCAAGCUCCACCCGUGCAGCACUCGCCUCGACACUUGCGCGCGAGCUUUCUGCCAGUUACGAGCGUCGUGCCCAGAUCCUGUGCGACCCGUUCGCCGCGCUGCACGGUCUGUACCAGGCUAUAGCCUCCGAGUGGCUCCUCGUCGACGAGUGCGCUGGGCGGGAGCUGGAGACCAUCGCGUUCAUGCUCGAGCAGGGCAACAAGAAGCUGUACACAUUGCAGACUUUCCUUCAGGACCUCUUGGCUAUGAAGCGCCGCUGGGGUAGGUACACAGAGCUCGCCCAGGACGCGCUGCGCCAGUGCGAACAACACGGUCAGCCCUUGUGGCAAUCUACAAGCAAACGUGAAAUCGCCGCCGGCGGCAACGCGACUUCUCCGCCCUCGCUCAGUGUUCAAGACUUCCAGCACGUCCUGUCCCGCCUCGCCCGCACCCGCGCGCGCAUCGAGAAUAACAUCGACGUGCUGCUCGCGCUCGUGUCCAUUGGUGAGGCCGAGCAAACAUUGGCCGACGGCCAGGGUAUCACCCGCCUAACGCGCGUCGCUGCCGUCUUCCUACCUUUCAGCGCCGUCGCGGCCAUCAUGGCGAUUCCGAGCGACUACCUUGGGCCCGGCGGCGCCGGGUUUUGGAUCUAUUGGCUCGUCUCUACUGUCGUAAGGGGCCGCCAAUGCGCAUGCUGUUAG